UGUCUUUUAACUUUCUUCAGCCUCUUCGACACAUCCAGCUGCAGCAGGUACUUUUUUUUACACCUGAGCAGUGUGGAAGCAGCCAUGUGGACCAGAGGGAGCACAUCUUCACUCAUCGGCCUGCUGCUGCUCACAGCUCUUUGGGAAAUCAGAUCAGUGAAUGCUGAUGCUGCAUCUGAUGACUUCAAAACCAAUAUCACACUGUUCACGCGCAUCUUGGACAGACUACUGGAUGGGUAUGACAAUCGUCUGCGGCCUGGUCUCGGAGACAGGGUAACUCAGGUGAAGACAAACAUCUUCGUCACCAGCUUUGGACCAGUUUCAGACACAGACAUGGAGUACACCAUUGAUGUUUUCUUCCGGCAAAGCUGGAAAGACGAGAGAUUGAUAUUUCAUGGUCCAAUGAACAUUUUGCCCUUGAACAACCUCAUGGCGAGUAAAAUCUGGACUCCAGACACCUUCUUCCACAACGGAAAAAAGUCUGUGGCUCAUAACAUGACCAUGCCCAAUAAACUGUUAAGGAUCAAAGAUGAUGGGACACUGCUGUAUACCAUGAGGUUAACAGUGCAUGCAGAGUGCCCAAUGCAUCUGGAGGAUUUCCCCAUGGACUUUCAUUCCUGUCCACUAAAAUUUGGCAGCUACGCCUACACCAUCUCUGAAGUGACUUAUGAUUGGACUCUAAAUGCCUCGGACUCUGUGGUCGUGGAAAAGGAGAGCUCUCGUCUGAACCAGUAUGAUCUGCUUGGUCAAUCUGUUGGACAGGAAACCAUUAAAUCCAGUACAGGUGAAUACACGGUGAUGACGGCUCACUUCCAUCUGAAGAGGAAGAUCGGCUACUUUGUCAUUCAGACGUACCUGCCAUGCAUCAUGACAGUCAUCCUCUCCCAGGUGUCGUUCUGGUUGAACAGAGAGUCUGUGCCGGCCAGGACUGUGUUCGGUGUGACCACCGUUCUCACAAUGACAACCCUGAGCAUUAGUGCACGGAACUCCCUGCCUAAGGUUGCCUAUGCCACGGCCAUGGACUGGUUCAUUGCUGUCUGCUACGCCUUUGUGUUCUCCGCUUUGAUUGAGUUUGCCACUGUCAAUUACUUCACGAAGCGCGGCUGGGCCUGGGAUGGGAAGAGUGUCGUAAGUGAGAAGAAAAAAGAAAGAGCGUCGAUGGUGAAGAAGAAUAAUGCCUAUGCUGUGGCUGUGGCCAACUAUGCCCCUAGUAUCAACAAGGACUCCGGCACACUUCCAACCAUCGCCAAAAGCGGUGCUGCAGAUCCCAGCAAGCCCAAAGCAGAUGGGAAAGCCCAGGAGAGCAAGAAGACAUUCAACAGUGUGAGCAAAAUUGACCGGAUGUCACGGAUUAUGUUUCCAGUCCUCUUUGGCUCAUUCAACCUUGUCUACUGGGCCACCUACCUGAACAGAGAACCCAAUAUAAAGGAUUUGGUCCCAUCCAAUUAGAAACCCUGUUCUGACUGUUUCUUGGUCUGGGGAAGAGAUAAACCAAAUACCUCCAGCAACUGUGUACACAUACUUUUACAGUCCUGGACUGCAGUGUGAUCCUCUAUUUCCACCUGUUUUCUACACCAUCUGCAGCACUUUUGAAAAGCCUGGCUUUUGUAAAUGUGUACAUGUACUGUAUAUUUAUAUUUAAAGAUUCGUGGUAACAUAUUGUGCGGUUUAUUCAAGUACAUAUUUCCUUGAAAGUACAGUAUGUUUCCAGUUGCAUUUUGUGGCCACUGUAAAUACAACUUUAAUCAAGUGUAGACACAUAAACAUUAUCACAUGUAUUUUAUUUAGGAUUACUUCUGUGUUGAAUUAUGCCAGUAAUACCAACCUUCUAGUUAUCACAGUGUGUGUUUCUCUUUGGAUGAAAGGUACUGUUAUAUCUUUGUUUUCUCUAGUUUCUUACCAUAUAAGAGUACUCUUAUACUUAUGUAUACUCUUUUUUUUGUGUGUCAGAGUCAAUGAAAAAGCACACGUGUGUGAUAAUGUUGUGGUUUUAUACAUGUUUUCUGAUGUGUGACAGCAGAUAUGGGGCUGUAAUCAAAUGCUGCUCCCCAAAACAAUUGGAAAAGUUUUAAUUAAAAUGUUUCAGAAAAUAAAAGAUGGGCAUGAGAGGCUGUGUCAAUUUACUUGCCUCACAUGUUGCUCCCAAGUAUGAGUCUAAAUCUAUUUUAGAAAAAAAAAAAAAAAAAAAAGGC